AUGGCUGAAGCAGUAGAGGGAGGGGAGGCUGGAGUUUCGUCGGCUAAAUUGCCUGAUUUCGACCUCCAGUUGGAUGAUGAUGAGUUUGACUUGCCUUCAGUUGAAAAUCCUACACUUGAAAGUAUCUUAAAUGAGCCAGAUGACCAAGAGUCCAUGUUGGACGAGGAUGAGGUGUCUAUGCCUUCAUCUCUCCAGCUGUUUCGAGAGUCCGGAGAUACCUCAUCCCUGUCAAGUCAGGACAGUAUGCUAUCUGAUAGACCCAGGAAACGGGAAAAAAAAAGAAAGGGAAUUCAUUAUUCCAUACAUGGGUCUGUGCUGAAGCCAAGCAAACUGAAGAGUAUUUCUGCCCAGUUGUUAUCUGCAGCAGAUCGUGUAGAUGCAGGGAUGCCAACAGCAAUGGCGGUGUCUUCCCUGAUAGCUGUAGGAACCUCACAUGGACUAGUACUCAUAUUUGACCCCAAACAAGUUCUUAAGUGGUGUCUGGGCAGCACGGCGGUUGGCUCACAAUAUGGAUCUGUCUCUGCCAUCAGUUUUAACAGGGAUUGUACACGUCUUCUCAGCGGCUUCGCCAAGGGACAGAUUACAAUGUGGGACCUUACAAAUGGUAAACUUUUACGAACAAUAACAGAUGCUCAUCCCCCUGGGACAGCAGUCCUACACAUCAAGUUCACCGACAGUCUAGUCCUUGCUAUAUGUAGUGACAGUGGAGGCUCUGUGUUUGAACUGGAAUUCAAACGUUUGAUUGGUGUACGGACAUGUGAGUCUAAGUGUCUCUUCUCUGGAAGCCGAGGAGAAGUAUGCACCAUUGAACCACUCCACAUGAAUCUGACUAUUAAAGACCACCCCAUGCAGGAUGUUAUGGUUAUAGCCAUGGCAACCAUGUCAAAGGUUCUACUCGUUACAAUACGACCACAGCUGAAAGUCUUCUUUACCCACCCGUUAAAGGGUGAUCCAGCUACUCUGCCCAUUCUUGCCUGGCAGUUUGUCAUCAUACAGGUGUCUGAAAGCGACCGAGUCAUUGAUCCUGUUCUAGCUUUUGCCCGUGACUCCACCAUACACUUCUACCAGGUGAUAUGUAACAAUGGGCAGGAUAUCCGCUGUUCUGGGCUACAGAAGAUUACAGUGCAGUAUAAAAUACUGGGCAUAUAUUGGCUGAACACAAGAACACUUGUUGUCAUGGAUACUACAGAAAAAAUGCAUGUGAUUGACGUGAGGUCAGAAGAAGAGAUUGAGGUGCUGGACGUAUCCGAGGUACAGAUGGUGUACAAUACCAGCUUCUUUAAGUCCCUAGCAACUGGUGGAAAUGUUAGCCAGGCUUUGGCUUUUGCGGGUGAGCGAGCCUGUUACCAGACAUUGGUCAGCCAUGGUGGUCAGUUGUUUUUACUUGGAACCAAGACUGUCCAUGUGUAUGCUCUACGAAACUGGAGAGAUAGAAUAGAUGUAUUGGUGAAACAGAACCGAUACCAAGAUGCCCUGGUCCUUGCCUUGUCCUUCUACGAGGGAAAAGCUAAAGGUGUCGUCGGACUGGUGGGAUCUCAUCGCAAAAAACAGGAAAUGGUGUCUCAUCUCAUGCUGGACUUGCUUUUUGAGUUUGUUGAUCUCUCCAUGACCAUUCUGUGUCCAGACCAGGGCAAGAUUGAGGAAUUGGAGGAGCACUAUCAGGGAAUCGUUCCUGUUUGUGUGGACUACUGCUUACACCUUGACAGAACUGACAUCCUGUUUGGGCGGAUAUUUGAGAGGUUUUCUGCAGACACAAUAGCCCAUGGUGUUUUCCUCGAGUGUUUGGAGCCUUAUAUCCUUGCCGACAAGCUCACUUCUAUCCCACCCACUGUGAUGAAAGAUUUUGUUGAUAACUAUGAGGGCAAGGGUAUGCUGGAAAAUGUGGAGGCUUGCAUUGUCCACCUGGAAAUCACUAGUCUCGAUAUACAUCAGGUGGUGAGUCUGUGUUGGGGACAUGGACUAUAUGAUGCUAUUAUCUAUGUUUACAAUAGAGGUAUGAAUGAUUACACCACCCCAUUAGAAGAUCUUCUGUCCACACUCCGGGCAGCUGUGGACACUGGCAAACAGUUGUCUGACAAUCAGAUAAGACUAGGAAACAAACUACUGGUAUACAUUAGUUGCUGUUUGGCUGGCCGAGCCUAUCCUCUUGGAGACAUAGCUGAGAACUUGGUGACAGAUGUUAAAGAAAGUGUUUAUCAAUGUGUCACAUGUUUACACACAAAGCAGUUCUCAAAAGAUGAGCCUGCCUAUCCUCACCUGAGGACACUGUUACAGUUUGACACCAGGGAAUUUCUCAAUGUUCUAGCACUGGCCUUUGAAGAAUCUGAAUUCAAUAGUAAUGAAGGGGUACAGAAGAGGCAGAGAAUGGUAGAUGUCCUGUUACAGGUCAUGGUGGAGAGUGUUGGCUUCACGCCCACACAGGUUGGAAUCCUGUUCACCUUCCUCGCGAGACAGAUGGCACGCCAUGAGAACACAAUUGUUGUCAACCGUGUGCUGUUUGAUCAGGUGUUAGAGUUCCUGUCCAACCCAUCUGAUGAAUCUCGUCACGAAGAGAGACAGCAGGCACUGAUGGAGCUGUUGCAUGCUGGGGGACUGCAGCAGAUUGACGAGGAACGACUUCUAUAUCUGGCAGAAAAUGCCAAAUUUUAUCGAGUUUGUGAGCUUCUGUAUGAAAAGCAACACAAGUACGGCAAAAUCCUGUCCUGUUACCUAAGGGAUUAUUCUAGAAAGUAUCAUUCAUUCAGUUACAUCAACAGCAUAGUGAAUAGUGAAAGAUUCACGGAACUGGAGAAGGAAGAUGUCCGACAGGAGGCCAUGGCUAAUUUACAGGAGUUAGUGGCUAUCGACUGUAAACAGGCAGCACAAAUUGUGAUCACAGCAUUGUCCAGCAACCUGUCAGCUGUGGUGAAGGAACUAAGCAACAAUCCAGCUGUUCUGUUCGAGUUUCUACAAGGUGUCAUGUCCUACAGGGAUUCCAUGGGCAGUGCUAUCCACCAGGAAAGACAGGUCGUAGUAGAGCCUCAUAUAUUUGAGUUGUACAUUGACCUAAUGGCAAAGCAUCGCCCCAAUGAUGUGUAUAGUUACAUCAAACUCAACGAAGGCUACAGACUGGAACAGACACUAGAGAUAUGUAGAAAGCACAAGCUAUCAAAUGCCACAGCUUACCUGUUGGAGAAGGCCGGAGACAUUCAAGGAGCUUUUGGCAUCAUGUUAGAGAAUCUACAGGCCAAGCUGAAGAAUGUGACUGAUGUAUUACUUGGAGCCACAGUUCAAAAGGAUGCUAAAGUGUUAUUCUCUGAGGUGCAGCUUGAAGUGGUGGUUAUUGUUCAGCUCUGUCAGAGGAAUUCUGGAAAAAUGGAUGAGGGACAAAGGGAGUUACUAUGGUUUCCACUCUUAGAAACCAUGAUGUCUCCCCAGAGAAAAUUGAAAGAUGUGGAAGAAAAAGAACUACUUGAAGAGUUUAAAGAGCCUACACAACAUGUUUUAACAAGUAUGAGUGAAUAUAUACAGCUACCAGCAAUCUUACAGAAAAUAAUGCAGGAUCCUGCCUACAGCACUGGCAAAUUUGGUGAGGUCAAAGAUUUGAUAUUGGGCAUGCUGGAAAAGUAUAACUAUGAAAAGACAUUAAGAAAAACUUGCAAGAAUUUAUUAAAUCACGACAUCCAUGUUCACCUACGAAGUCUGACCAAUGUAGCAGCCAAGGGAUUUGUGACAAAGGGAGAUAACUGCAAUUUAUGUAACAAACCUUUUGUGUCGCAGUCUGAUGUUGAUAGCAUUAUUGUAUUCAGGUGUGGCCACAGUUACCACCUUGGAUGCCUGAGGUCUGUGGGCUCGGUCCACUUGCUGGAGGGCGAGGAAAUGUGGGCAUGUUAUCUGUGUAGUCAUACGAAACGAGGUCAUGUUCACAGUAGUCGUUUCCAUCGCUCACUUUCCAACACUGCACAAUCUGGACAUCAUAUACACAAGGACAAGCCAAAGGAGAUGUCCUUGGAUCCUCAACAUCUACAAGCUAUUGAUUAUGUUCGCCGAUCUAUGAGAACCCCAUCAAGGAUUGCCAUUUUGAAUGAGCUGUCAAAACCUGACCAGUCAUCACGGACCAGCAGAGCAGGGUCUACUAUAUUUAAUGAGGAGAAUUUCCGACUCAAGUUAGCACCACCACCUGCGAUGGAAGUCUCCUGACAUCUUGUUGAAGAAUAGUUUUACAAUGUUACAUUUCAUGACAUUAAACACAUUGGUGCAUCAUCGUUAUACCAGUGUCACACGAACACAUUAGUGAUGUAAACAUGUGACAGAACUGUGGGAUAUGUGCAGUACAGGAUUGUAAUAGUGUUAAUCACAUACCCAAGUACACUUUUAGCUGGCUACACAUCAUAGGGAACAUUCUCCACCUGAUCAUCUGACCCUGGCUGUUGAGAGGACAUUAACAAAAAAACAAGGUCAAAAUUUAGUUUUUGAAUCAUGAAAAUAAUGAUAUUUGCAAAAUGGGAGUGAUGUUAAUAUCGACCAUCGUAUGUAUUUUAUACAACAAAUUAAGUCCAAGAUCAAAUGUGUAAAGUGCUUGUAAAUUUUUGAUUUGACGAAAGUUUUCUUGGGAUAUUUGGCUAUAACACAUCCAGAAUGAAAAAUUUUGUACUGCCGAGAUGUGAUGAAUGUUUACAAUAUGUGUCUAUAGAUAUAUCUGAGAUAGAUGAAUGUUUACAAUAUGUGUCUAUAGAUAUGUCUGAGAUAUUUAUUUAUUGUCACUGACUGAAUCAUUGACAGAAGAAUGUGGGAAAGAGACAGUUUUCCAUUGUUAGAAAUGUCAUGUUUGUCAUGAGAUAGAAUCAUGUACUUUUAUCGUCCUUGAUAAUCCAGGGGUUAUGAUCACUUUCACUCUUCACCCCCCUGGAACAUGUCGUGGCAAAAUUGAAAGCACAAGUGAAGUAGUUUGAUUGGUUCCAGGAGAAAAACAUUGUCCUAAUUACAGUCUGAUAUGCUCCAUUACUAUAUAUGGUUAUGCAAUAUUUGUACAUCAAAGGAUCAAACUAGUCUCUUGCUCUUAUCCACAUGGUAAUAUACAGGGAACCUUCCAAUUUUCUGUGAGAUGUUCCAGGGGUGAGAUGUUCCUGGGUCAAGAUGUUCCUGGGGUGAGAUGUUCCAGGGGUUAGAUGUUCCUGGGUCGAGAUGUUCCAGGGGUGUGAGAUGUUCCAGGGGUGUGAGAUGUUCCAGGGGUGAGAUGUUCCUGGGUCGAGAUGUUCCAGGGGUGUGAGAUGUUCCAGGGUACGAGAUGUUUCAGGGGUGCGAGAUGUUCCAGGGGUGCGGAGAGUGAAAGUUAUCAAACCCGUAGAGGAUGGUACUGUGAUAAUGAAGUUUUAUGGAUAUAAUACAAUCAUGUUAAAAAUC